GGCGGCGGCCACGUGGCCUGCUCGGCUUUGCGUGGAUCGGCGGCCGCAUGGCUUCGGCUUCCGCCGCGGCCUUCCCGGGCCGCGGGGCCGGGUCCCUGCUGCGGUUCCUGCGGCUGGUGGGGCAGCUCAAGAGAGUCCCACGGACUGGCUGGGUAUACAGAAAUGUGAAGAGGCCAGAGAGUGUAUCAGAUCACAUGUAUCGGAUGGCAAUUAUGGCUAUGGUGACCAAAGAUGACCAUCUUAACAAAGACCGAUGUGUACGCCUAGCCCUGGUUCACGAUAUGGCAGAAUGCAUCGUUGGGGACAUAGCACCAGCAGAUAACAUCCCCAAGGAAGAAAAACAUAGGCGAGAAGAGGAAGCUAUGAAGCAGUUAACCCAGCUCCUACCAGAGGACCUCAGAAAGGAGCUCUGUGAACUUUGGGAAGAGUAUGAGACACAGUCUACUGCAGAAGCCAGAUUUGUGAAGCAGCUGGACCAGUGUGAGAUGAUUCUUCAGGCCUCUGAGUAUGAAGACCUUGAGAACAAACCCGGGAGACUACAGGACUUCUACGAUUCCACAGCAGGAAAAUUCAGUCACCCUGAGAUAGUCCAACUUGUUUCUGAACUUGAGGCGGAAAGAAACGCUAACAUACGAGCUGCGGCCGCCAGUGAGCUGCGCCCCUGAGCCGCUCUCUACAUUGCUGCACUCCUGUAACAGAUGCUUUACUUUUCUGUUUCAUGGCGUUAUGUUUUACCACUGUUGGUCUGUUAAUUUCCCCAGAUGUGAGUCUGUUUAUUUUCAGUUGUCUGGACUUCAGCAAGAAAUAUGAUGUAGUUUGGGCUCUAAAAGAAGUCACAGAACAGAAAAUGACAUGAAAAUGCCAUGGAUGAAGACUGGAGUGGGGAGAGGAAAGCCUUUUUUUAUGAACUAACUAUAUAAAUAUUAAACAUCUAAAAUUGUGGAAUA